AUGAUAUGCAGGCUAUUUUUGUUGUCUGCAGUAAAUACGGGCGCAUUUCAAAGAAUAUUUUUAUUUAUGGAUGCAGAGACUGUAAGGCAGAAGAGUACCCUGCUUUAUAUUCCAAAUAUAAUUGGGUAUGUCCGAGUAGUGCUGUUAUUUAUAUCACUAUUUUUCAGCAAGAAUAUAUUUGUUAUACUUUAUAGUAUAUCGUAUCUCCUAGAUUCUCUGGAUGGGUAUGCAGCGCGCAGGUUCAAACAAGAAUCAAAAUUAGGAUAUAUUCUUGACAUGGCAACAGAUAGGGCGUCAUCUGCUGUUCUGAUUCUAAGAGUAGUUGAUGCAUACCCAAAGAUGUUCAUUAUUCUGGGUGCCUUUCUUAUGAUGGAUGUUUUGUCGCACUUCUUCUGUGUUGUGUGCACGUGCAGUAGCAAGGUGUCACACAAAGUGCAUGCAAGCACUAGUAUAGCGAGUAGGAUACUUUCCUUCUACUAUGCAAGGCCCGUGUUAUUCACUGUUUGUUUAGGCAGUGAGCUAUUUCUCUUAAAUAUUCUAUGCUUUAAGAGUGUAUUAUUGGGGGUUUUAUGCGGGGUUAUUUUUGCAUUCAAGUAUAUUACAAAUGUACUUCAGCUCUAUAUUGCAAUAAUCAGUCUAAGCCAGGAAUAG